GUUGGGACCCCUGUUGGGCGCGGGCAGUGGCGUUGCCAUCGCCAUACCGAGGCUCAGGCUGACGAUGAACUCUGAGUGUCUGUAUCAGGAAUACCGCACCGAGACCAUCGUGCAGACGCUGCUACGGCAGCGGUGCCACGACGGGGAGGGAGGCACCGAGUUGCAUGGCCACUUUCAGCAGCUGGUGGCGUCCAUAACGCUGGACAACAACAAUGGCAGCAGCGAUAGGAGCGGCAGAAGCUCGCCACCAGUACGACAGCCGUGUCUGGGACUACAGGACUCCACAACGGGCCCCCUCGAGCUCCCUCCGCAGCAAUCGAAUGGCGCGGUGCCGGCGAUCUGCGCGCCGCCCGUCCACCCCGGGCCAUCCCUGGACACCCCCAGGCCACCGGAGAAGGGCCCCGUGUUCGAGUUUUGGCACACUGCUGCCCGAGGUGCAGAGCAGCCACCUCCUCUCCACGAUGACCCAAGAGCAGAUCAAGCUGCAGGAGGCCAUGUUCGAGUUGAUCACGUCAGAAGCGUCGUACUUGCGGAGUCUGCGCGUCGCCACGGAGGUGUUCAUCGACAACCCUGACGUGAACGAGGUGCUCCCCUCCUCGCAGAGACACUUCGUCUUCUCCAACCUCCAGGAGGUGAAGGCAGUGAGCGAGAGAAUGCUCGCGGAGCUUGAGGAGCGCCUGGGUCAGAGCGUGGAGAUCUCGGACGUGUGCGACAUCGUGUACAAUCACGCGGCCAAGAACUUCCGCUGCUACGUCAAGUACAUCACCAACCAGCCCUACCAGGAGCGGGCGCUACGCACGCUCUCAAAUGAAACGCCACAGUUCAGUCAGAUUCUCGACAGGCUGAUCAGUGAACCCCGCUGCAAGAACCUCCCGCUGUCGUCCUUCCUCCUGCUGCCCUUCCAGCGCAUCACGCGCCUCAAGCUGCUGGUGGAGAAUAUCCUCAAGAGGACGGAGAAAGGCACGCAAAGAUACCAGAACGCGCAGAGGGCUAGCAAGCAAUUGGAAAUGUGCAUCAUGGAGUGCAACGACGGUAUUCUCAAGAUGAGCCGGACGGAGGAGCUCAUUCACAUCGAGAAAACGCUCGAGUUCAAGGACAAGUCGGUGCCGAUCAUAUCGCACUCGCGAUGGCUCUACAAGCAGGGAGAGCUGAUGGAGAUGCACCAGGCGCAGAGCAUGACUCUCCGCAGCAGCAAAGUCAGCUUCAAGCCUCUCUACCUGUUCCUCUUCACCGACCUCCUGCUCUUCGCUCGCAAGAAGGAUGCCGGGACACGCUUUCUGGUGUUUGAGCACGCGGAGCUGACGGCCGUGUCGGUGAACGAGCAGCAGCCCAUCCAGAACCACAGGCAUCUUGUCCACCUCAAGGUUAACUUGGACAAUCGCAAGAGGCGCAAGGCGUUCAUCCUCAAGGCGCAAUCGGAGAAUGAGCAGAAGCGAUGGAUCACUGCCAUCAAUCCGAAGCGGAACAAAACACCGUCGGAGGCGUAUGGCUUCUAUGCGGACUGCGAGCAGGUCUGCUGCAUCAAGCCUUACAAAGCUCAGGAGGCCGACGAGAUGACGCUGGAUUUUGCCGACUCCUUCUUCAUCCUGCGCAAGACCACGGAUGGCUGGUACGAGGGCGAGCGCAUGUCCGAUCGCCAGCGCGGCUGGUUCCCGAGCCGGGUGGUGGAGCCCGUGGCAAGUGGCAGCGUGCGGGAGGAGAAUGUGCGUGAGCGCGAGUGUCUCCUGACCUCCGUGGAGGGCGGCGGUGACGGCGGCGGUGGCGACGGCGGUGGCGACGACGGUGGCGACGACGGCGACGACGACGACGGUUGCAGCUACGGCGUCCCCACAAUAGUGUGAGAAACUUGUGGGGGAGUCUUCCGCAAACGAAGGGGAUGAAUGUGUCCCCCAGUUGGGGCGACUGCCCGAGGAUGAAGGGGGGUCCGAGUGAAUUUGAUGGUGUGUGCGAGACUCCCCAUUGCACCGGGGCUGGGGCGGUGGUCAGUGGGUGGCAGUACAGCAAGAAGGUUGCCGACCUGUUUGUGUGGAUGUCGAGUGUCAGGCUGGGCAUUCCAGUUUCCUUCCACGUAGGAAAAUACUGUAUUUAAGAAGGGAUCGGUCUAACUUGUUAGGCUGGGCAUUCCAGUUUCUUCAAAUGCCUGUCUAAACUCCGGAUGAUGUGAUAAGUCAGUGCCUAACUUCGCACCCAUAAAUGAGAAGUCACCCGAAUGCACUUAGCCACCCACUGUGUGCCAAUCCUUAAUCAACUGCAACAUUGCACUCACCAUAUUCAAGAUCCUCCAUGGACUUGCCCUCACCAACCCCUCUCCAUCCUCACAUCCCUCUACUCCCUUGCAUGCAAUCUCCACUCAAGCGCCAAAGGCUUUCUCCGUAGUCCGGGGAAGCACCUUGCCCCAGCCAUCAUUGCUGCCGACUCCCCGCUCCUGUUCAAGUCGAGGCUCAAAACCUUCCUUUUUUUCCUCUGCCAUAUGCUGACUGCCAGUCUCGAUUGUAAAAUAAUAUCCAUCGCGAUGUCCGUCAGCUGGGAGUUCUGGGAGAAAUCUGGUCAACUCGGGUGCAAGACGAAUCGAGGUGGCUGUUUGUGGAAACGAGGUGUAGUGAAGUGUUGUACCCCCUGCACACACGUGUUCCAGUGUUUUACUUACAAAUAAUAAGCGAUAAACACCUUGCAUACUCGUUUACAUGUAUACAUGCCAAAACAAAAAAUAUCAGCAGCAAAGUGGAAAUUAAAAUUCACCAAGUUUACACUGUGUUUUACAAUAAUCUGCAUGAAUCUGGGAUGUACGGUGUUGGUAUGAUUUACUUACAGCACUAGCUGGACUUGGUGGGUUCAUUUGAUAUGAUGAAAGUGUCUCUGGGUGCCACUUAAUGAGAUGGUUAAUUUGGAACACGGAGCCCAGUAACAAUGUUGCAUACAAUUCCUUAAGCGACUGUCACUUGGCUCACAGUGCUUUCCAUUGCAAGCUAAUUGAUAAUAUCACUUAAGUCAUUUCAUUCAACCGAUCGCAGAUCUUUUGUGGUCGCCUGAUGUCAAACGUCGUCGUGUAUUGUGAGCGAGGAGGCCUUAAGUCGAGUCAACUGAUUACCUGAUGCGAAUUAUUGCAUUGUAAAUGCGUUUUAAGUGUGCCAGUUGUUGCAUUUGUCUGUAGAUAGCCGUGAUUAUCGAAGGCUGAAAGAGCACUGUUUGAUGGCGUGUUGAGAUGUUUGGUCGUCGAUGUGAAGUCUUUUUUUUAGAAGCCACGUUCUCUUGCGACACUGCGAUCUUUACGCAGCUCUGAACGAUGCUUGCCCCAUGUGCCUUGCCACAGGACAGCACAAUUGCGAUGCGACGUCUUUGAUAACGCUACGAAUAUAUGUAAUACAUAUGCUGUAAAUAAAGUAUUCAGUAGGGGUCAUUGUGACACUUUAAUUACGUUGAUUACAAUGUAUAGAUUUUGUUGCUUAAAGGCAUUAUCGGCAGGAACAAUAUCGGCAGUAACAAUAGCUUUUGUAUUUGACAUUAUCGCCGCUACCUAUGCACCUCAUGCUAUUUAAUUUGAAGUUGAUUGUGCAGUGAUGAGAAACGGAUAUCUCAUUUCUUAUCGCAAUACGAUAAGCCUUGGCAUGUUUAACAAUAAUUUCUUCCCACCGCUUAUUCCCACGAAAAGGUGAGGCAUAUAUGAAUGUAGUGUCUUUACAAAGGUGGCUGUGUCAAUGUUUAUCUUAUUUCAAUGCAGUCCUAUGUCGUCACAUUAAAGCUUUGUUUUAAUAAUUGAUAGAAUUGAUUAACAAUAUUCUAUUUUGAAAAGUUUGACUUAACGGUCAUCGUGUUGCAUUUUAGACAGCGGGCAUAGAAAACUGUGUACCCUGUAUUGUAUUUUCCAUUCUAUAGCAGGUUUUUUUAUAAUUAAGGCAGGAUACCAUUUUCUUGGUCAUGAUUUUCAGAAUCUGGCUUCCAUACAAAGCACUGAGCCAGUAUUUGUUUUAUAUGUUUAAGCCCCAGGUUACCCAUUAUGAUACAAAACAAGUCCUGCAGUAUAUUAAAUAUAUUGCUCUGAUCUCAGUCGCCAAAUGUUACAAACACAUUUCCACUCAAUGUAGCUCUGCCCAGCCCUGAAGAUAAUUGAAAAUUACCAGAUUUGAAUACCCGCAUUACAAAUGGAAUCAUGUAAUCACAUAUAGUUUCAGAGCUCGCCCCAAUGUUUUUAAUGCAAUAAAAAAUGUUAAAUAUUUGGUGUUAGUUUAAUUGCGUAUUUUGCCAUGUUUGUGCCUGUGAUAGUUGGUACUCUGCCAGUCACUGGGUGUGAAUGUGCAACAUGUUUAUAACAUAAAAAAUGUAGGGUUCUUUUAUAUAAAUUACAUUUUUAAUAUUCAUAGUUCUUUCGGUAAAGUCACGUGACUUUACCGAAAGAACCAAUAAUAUGAAUCCCCUGCAUUCACGAAAGCUUUAAAUAAAUUCUACAUUUUUAAUGUUCUUAAAACUGCCAUUGCAAAUAAACAAUUGAGUAACCGAAUCGGUCCUGACCUGCCCUUCAACUCGCAAUGUCCAGCUUUCGUAAAGUAUGGUCACAUUAUUCUCAUAGCUGGCAAGACAGAGGGAGGCCUUCAUCAACAAUAGAUUGACACAAGUGCCAUGAAUUGCUGUAUUAUUACUAAGGGCCUGUCCCCAUCUACUCCACUUUUAUUUUCUAAAUUGCACAAUGUAAUAUAAAUUGUCUCUUUAGCAAAUGAAAAACUCUUAUUUAGGAACAGUUUUUAAUAAUGGAGAGCCGAUUCUGAAAGGAUGUAGUGAAAGUAAUGUAACAGGACAUUGGGGUAAGCAUUUAUCAUAACCAAGGAUUGAUGGAAAAAUGAAGGGGUGAAAACGACUUGCAUACUAUAUACCAUUGAGGCGCUACAUAUUUACAUGUGAAUGUUCAUGCGUGGUUCAAAAAGUUGAGAACCUAACGUAUCUACCAAGUACGUAAAAGAAUAAGAUCUUACUUUUCAGGUCACCCUUUUCUCACAAUGAAUUAUUAGUAUAAUUCCCAAAGCUUUUUUUAUUCCCUCAAUACAGAUGGCUCCUUCGGACAUGGCAAGUGAUUAAAACUUUGGAUUUGACAUGAAAAUUUACAUAAUGUAUCUUAUGGGCGUUUCAUUCAUCUUAUCGCGAUCCUUGUACAUUGUGAAUCACUACAUGUAACGCACAGUUUUAAGUUAAAGAUGUACAGAUGCACCAAUUUUCGAGAUUAAAAGUGCGAUUUGAGAAAGAUGUAAUUUUAAGGAUGUUAAAUAUGCACUUCAAUUGUAAACGUGUACUGGAAGUAUUGUAGAAAGUUACGUGUAUACAGGACAUAUGCAGCUUUAUUAUAAAGCAGUUGCUUUAAAAAAAUGUACGUAUUAAUUUCUAGCCAAAUGUAGUACCGUACAAUAGUUCCAAAAAAGUUACUACAUGCAGUCUGUCCAAGUAUUAAAUGCGAAAUAAAAAGUUUUCAUA